GCGAACAAUAGAUCGGAGUCAAAGUGUGCGGCUCCAAACGAAUUUUUUUUCACUAGCCUACAGAGGAUAUGUGGAAGUAGUAGUAGUGGCAGGAGUAGAACAGGAUCAUCGUACCGAAGGAAUUUACAUAUACCUAAACAGUGUAAUUUUGUGACAAAUAAAGUGCGAACAAAUACAAAAAUACUAGUUCCAAGUGCAGUUGAAGUGCACUGUACAAUUGUGUUCAACUGUCAAUCUUUGUGUGAAAAGAUUUGCCAUUACCACAGGAGGAUAUCAAUAAAAAUAAGCCGAAAAUGAGAGUGCUACUCUUCACUACACUUAUUGCCUUAGCGCAUAGCGCACGGCUGGAUAACAAAUAUCUCCCACCGCCAGCGAGUGCAGCUAGUGCUGGUGGUGGUCCUGGCUUGCAAGGCCCUAGUGGCAGCAAUUUUGGACUUGGUGGCUUUUCGGGUGCUGGUGGUCCUAGCCGUCCCAUAGGCGGCGGUGGUGCACCAGGUGGUGGCUAUGGGGGUGGCGGUAGCGCACCUGGCGGUGGUUUUGGUGGCGGCGCACGUCCUGGCCCUUCUGGUCCCGCGCAACCAUCCGGUCCACCAAUACCAAUUUUAUCCUAUGUGAAUGAAAACGAUGGCGAUGGAAAUUAUCGCUUCAGCUAUGAAACCGGCAAUGGAAUAAAGGCGGAAGAGGAAGGUACCAUAAAAAAUAAGGGUUCGGAAAAUGAAAUCGCUUCGGUCAUGGGUUCAUAUUCGUACACAAAUCCGGAGGGUCAAGUUGUUGAGAUUACCUACCUUGCUGAUGAAAACGGUUUCCAACCAUCUGGCGAUGCCCUGCCUACGCCGCCACCGAUUCCGGAGGAGAUAGCUAAGGCUUUGGCAGCGCAAGGCAUUUCAGCUGCACCUGGCGGCGGUUACACGGGUGGUCCUGGCACUGGAGGUGGUGUAUUCGGCGGUGCUGGUGGUGGCACAGGCGCUGGCGGCUAUGGUGGCACUGGAGGUGGUGGCGGCUAUGGCGGUACAGGACGCGGUGGAGCUGGCGGUGGAUAUGGUGGUGGUACUGGAGCUGGUGGUGCUCCUGGUUUUGGUGGCGGCGCUGGAGGUCGUGGACCUGGUGGAGCGCCAGGAUAUGGCGGUGGUCCCGGUGCGGGUGGUGGUGCGCCAGGAUAUGGCGGUGGUCCCGGUGCGGGUGGUGGUGCCCCAGGUUUUGGUGGUGGUGCCGGUGCAGGUGGAGCGCCUGGANCAGGAUAUGGCGGUGGUCCCGGUGCGGGUGGUGGUGCCCCAGGUUUUGGUGGUGGUGCCGGUGCAGGUGGAGCGCCUGGAUUCGGUGGUGGUGCCGGUGGUCGUGGAGGCGGAGCUGGAGGCGCUGGUGCAGGUGGAUUCGGUGGUGGAGCAGGUGGUCGUGGUUCAGGGGGAAUUGGUGGUGGAGCCGGUGGACGUGGUGCUGGAGGAGCUGGAGGUGGAGCUGGCGGUUAUAACUAUGGUGCACCAGGUGGUGGUCCUGGAGGUGGCGGGGCACCCGGUUUCGGAGGUGGUGCAGGUGGACGCGGUCCUGGCGGCGCUGGUGGACCAGGUGGUUUUGGUGGUGGUCCCGGUGCUGGAGGAUCUGGUGGUCGCGGGCCAGCUGGUCAAGGUGGUGCAGGAGCUGGUGGCUACGGUGGUGGACCGGGUGCUGGUGGAUCGCCUGGAUUUGGCGGCGGUGCUGGCGGGCGUGGCCCAGCUGGCCCCGGAGGUCAAGGCGGUUAUGGUGGUGGCGCUGGAGCAGGUGGCGCACCUGGUUUUGGAGGUGGCGCUGGCGGUCGUGGUCCAGGCGGAGCUGGUGGUCCAGGCGGUUAUGGUGGUGGAGCUGGUGGUGCAGGUGGCGCGCCUGGCUAUGGAGGCGGCGCUGGCGGCCGUGGCCCAGGCGGAGCUGGUGGACCAGGCGGCUUUGGUGGUGGACCAGGUGGAGCUGGUGGUGCGCCCGGCUUUGGAGGCGGUGCUAGUGGUCCUGGUGGACGUGGUGGCGCUGGCGGUUUUGGUGGUGGUCGUGGAGGAGCUGCUGGACCUGGCACGCAAUAUGUACCACCAGGUCCGGGCGGUGCUCCUGGUGGUGGUCCCGGUGCUGGGCCUGGUGGAGCUCCCGGUCGACAUGGGAGUGGCGAAUUUAAUCCCCAAACCGGCUAUAAUUACUAA